UGUUGUCUAAUGAGCUUUGUUGUUAUUUUUAGGACAUGAUAAAAUUGUCAAGACAGUACGCUUCAACCAUGAUUCGAGCUUGCUCGCAUCUGGAGGUUGGGAUUAUACAGCUAUUCUAUGGGACCCUGUGUCAGGCCAACACGUGAAGUCAUUUUCUGGGCAUCAGAAUGUCAUCGAAACCUGUGCAUUUUCAAUCCAUGGAGAUCUUUUGGCCACUGGAUCCUGGGAUUGUACAGUAAGAGUGUGGAGUUUACGAGGAAUGAGACGAAAAUUCAUCUUGGAAGGCCACAAGGGCAACGUGAGCAGUAUAGCCUUUUCUGGAAUUGGAAUGCUGGCUUCAGGUUCGUGGGACAAGACUAUACGUGUAUGGGAUCCAAGAAAGGGUCUCCUGAUCUUUCUUCUGAAAGGGCACUUUGGCCGGAUAAUGGCCCUAUCAUUCUCCAUGGAUUCAAUUCUAUUGGUGACAGGAUCAGAAGAUGAAACGAUUCGUAUGUGGGAUUGUGAGGACGGAAAGUGUAAGAAGAUCCUUAUGUGUGAUUUGGAUUUCAUUUCCACUUGCCAAAUUUCCCCAAACAGUACACUUUUGGUUGCAGGAACAACUGGUUCUUUCUUGGCAGCUGGUUCUACAACAUCCGUUCUGCAUCAAGAGGUUUCAGACGUAAAUGUGAAAAGACAAAUGAUAUAGGAGUAGUUAUUCUGGCUUCAAGUUAUUCAAGCAAAUCACUUUAAUGUUAAAGAUGUAAUGACGUAUGAUGACCACAGUAUUAAAAGUAACUUUGUGCAAAGUGA